AUGGAUGAAAACAGUAAUUUGGAUGUAGAAUUCAAAAGGUAUUUGCAAAUUUUGAGACCUUACUUGACACAAUUGGCUGAUUCCGAGGCCAUUGAUUUGUGCAACGCGUGGAUUCAAAGGUUGAUCAAUUGCAGUGAAAAGGAGAAGCCGAUGCGUAAUAGGUACAUAUUCGUGCUUUGCUUUCAGUUGGCUAGAGGGGUACUUGAAGUCCCUUUUCUAAAAUGCCCUCCAGAGGGCGAAUUACCAGCAAUAUGUGAAGUUAGCGACAGUGAAUCAUCUAUAGAAGACGUAGAGUAUGCUACAUUGAAUGCUGAAGAAGCCAAAGUUAUUUAUGAUAACAAGAAACCUCUCGCUUCAGACACGGAAAACCUUUCUCAAGACAACGAGUACGAUAGUGGAGAUAGAAAGUAUGAAACUCUAAACCUGUCACCAAGAGACGAUAAGUCUUUUCGUCAGACCCGCAAACAAACAUUGGUUUGUUACACCUGCCCAGAAGUAAAAUCUUAUGAAAACGACCAAUAUGAAUGCAGAGCUAACAAUUUGAUAAUGAAACUAAGAGAACUUAAGAAGCAAAAUACACUACUGCACGAUCAACUAGAGGCUUUGAAAGUGGAAGCGACGUCAAAACCAGGUGAAGCGGGGUCUGAUAUGCCCAAAGUGGACAAUACCACCACACCGUUCUCACGACACGAAAGCACCAUAACAUUAAAAUCUUUAAAAAACCGAUUGCAUGAAGCUCAGGAAGACAGACAACAUCUUUUUGACACGCUUAGUAGCCUACAGGAACAACUAGACAACUAUCAUGAAGUAAAAAAAGUAGAAAUAGAAGAAAUAGAAGCGAAACAUAAACUUGAAAUUGUAAAAAUCAAAACUGCUAUGAGAGAAGAGUCAAAAGACAUAUACGAUGGAAAACUGGAGGAUCUGAAACAAUAUUACGAAAACUUAAUCGAAGAAAUAAAAGAAAGUAACGAAAUUGAAUUAGAAAAUCUGAAAAAACACCAUGAAAAUGUUGUUUUAGAAAAAGACAAAAUUAUAGAAGAGAAAGAUAAGACAAUUCAAGAAAAGGACAAAUUGAUAGAAGACAAAAAUAAUGUUUUACAAGUAAAAGAUUCAGAGAUUGCCAAUUUAAAAACUCAAAUGGAAGGCCAAGGUGUCAAUUUGCAGUCUAUGAUAAAUAAAAUAUUAGAAAAAUCAAGCAGUCAUGAGGAGCCAAAUUCUGACUUUAUAAAAGCUAAAGCUUACGAAUUGGAGAAACGUUUGAACAAAGUGGAAAAAUCUAAAGUGAAAUACGCAAAAGCUUAUGAGAACAAAAUGGCUUAUUUCCAAAGGGAGAAGCAUUUAGCUGAGUGUUCAUUGCAUCUGCAAUUAGUACGACAGAGAGCCCAGGUCAUUAACGAGAUUGCUGAAGAGAACCAGGCGGAAAUAACGGAGGCAUUAGAGAAGCUGGAAUGUAAAUACAAGGAUAUAGUGGCUAAUGUUCAGUCGACUGCUAUUCAGAGGAGACUGCAAGACCAAGCGGCGUUAGAUGCUAUCUUACAAUCAGCUUGUGGCAUCCGCAAUGACGUUUCUACGAACCAAAGCCAGAUAUCAGGGAAAACUGUGACCGUCAGACAUAAGGAACCGAGCCCCAGCUAUGACACUGAAAUCUCAGGUAUAAUGCGCAACAAGGUGAACACGAGCAAGUCAUACGGAGAGGAGAGUGCUUCAGGUGGUUACUGUCUUGAGGGCGAGCGGUUCGGCGAACUGUUCGAGAAGGUAUACAUACCCCAACGCGAUACUGGCGAUGCUCCGCUGAAGAAGACGCACAAUCAUUUGUAAAUUAUUGAAUCUUGAAUCAGGGGAUCUAAAAAGCUGUUAAUCCAAAAGGAAUAUUGAAAUUUGACAAUUGCGCAUGUAAAAGUAAGUGCGCAAUGUUAAAACAAAUGUUGAAUAGCAAUAUUGCUUUUUAAAUGCUUCAAUGUGGCCUUUUUAACUCCUCAGUUCGUUUUGGUAUGACUUUAUCAGUGAGUGAUAAUGUGUGGGAAUAAGAGAUGAAUAG